AAAUUAAAUAAAAAAGUUAAUUAACUAAAAAUUAUGCUCCACAUAUUUUGUUGGACUCCAACAUUGUGAAUUAUAUCUUGCUUCCUUUGUCUCUUGUCAACACAUACAAACACACAGCAGAACUUUGAAUUUGAAGAUUACAUCAUCAGGCAAUGAGGGCAGUGCGAAACCUUGAGGUCUGGAAACUAGGACUUGUCAACUAUUUGGAUGCAUUAAAACUGCAGGAAAAGCUAGUAUUGGAUAGAAAAUCUCAUAAGAUAGGUGAUACUCUUCUGUCUUUGCAACACCCUCCUACAUAUACUGUUGGUAAAAGACAAACUGUUCACAAUUUAUUAAUCCCCCAGUCAGAAUUGGAGCAGAUUGGAGCUGAACUUCACUACACGCAGCGGGGAGGAGACAUUACAUUUCAUGGUCCACACCAAGCCAUUUUAUAUCCUAUCAUAUCACUUCGUGACACGGGACUUGGUGCUAGAAGAUUUGUAGAAAAAAUUGAGUCAACUAUGAUUGAAAUGGCAGGUCUAUAUGGGGUGAAAGCUUCACCUGGAAAAAGGUGUGAGACAGGGGUGUGGGUUGGAGAAAAAAAGAUAGGUGCAAUUGGUGUUCGAAUAUCAAGUGGAAUCACUUCUCAUGGGAUGGCAUUUAACAUUGAUCCGGAUUUAAACUACUUUAGGCACAUUGUUCCCUGCGGAAUUGCAGAUAAAGAAGUGACAUCUUUGAGAAGGGAGACAGAUUUAGACCUUCCCACAGAAGAAAUAAUACAAGAGCAGUUGAUUUCAUGUUUUGCAAGAAUCUUUGGUUAUGAUAACCUGAUCUGGAAGGAGGAUGCUUCUAUAUUGUCUGAUAAAAAGGAAACUGAAUGAGACAUAGCUAUUUUAGUGAACAGAUUGUUGUAUAACAGUUAUUCUUUUCUUAUAUUGUUUUGAAGUAUUUAACCAAUAAAAUUCUUGUCUAUUCUUCAUAAUACAUGCUAAUUCUUCA